CUCGCUCUGAUUGCCUGCUGGAUGACCUUAGCGUCAUUUCGAAAUAUAUUCGCGACCUUGUUUCUCCUCAUCCCUUCCAUUUGUCCUAUUUUUGUCUGCUGUUAUUUUGCUGUGUCGGUUGUUACCUGGGCUGCCAUCAGUUCGGGGCUAGUUUGAUCGAGUUUGUGGAAAGGUGCACUUAGCUGAUGUCCAGCGCUAUCCGAUCAAAAGAAUACAGGUGUGCACACCUUAGCCGAUGGACGAUUCAUCGGAUUAUGCGAAUAUUGAGGACUCAAAUCUCAAGCGGACCAGAUUGAGCAAGAGCGCUUCAGACACUCCCGAGCAAUGUAACCCGGUUAAUACAGUAAAGCUGUGGAAACGUGCGUUGCAGAAGUUGCAUUCGAUCGAUUUGGAUCCUUGGUUGGACUUUCCCACACAUGAUAUCCCCGUAGAAACCGCUGUUCGACACCGGUAUAGUGCUAUCAAAAAGAAAUGGGUGAUCGACGAAAUACACGUCAAGAUGGAAUCCAACCCUUUUGAUCGUGGCGCAAUGCGUGAAUGCUUUCGUUUAAAGAAACUUCCUCAGACUGGCACACAUGCGAACGAUUGGCACUAUGCAUCCAAUUACGUAGUCAAACGCUACAUUUCCAACGUGGAUAGACAGGUUUACUUUGAUGAUGUCCGCCUCCAAAUGGAAGCCAAGCUUUGGGCUGAAGCAUUUAACAGACAAGCACCCCCGAAAAAAUCGUUCUCCAGUUAG